AUGGCAAGUAAUUCUUCACUUGUGGAUGACAAAACAACACCAAAAGAUCAGGCAGAGGGAAAACCUACUGAAUCUAGAGUUGGUUUAUGGAUUGGUGUUAGCGUAAUCAUAUUUAUUAUCAUACUCGUUUGCAUAUAUUUUGGUUAUAAAAAAAUAAAGAAAAGAAAUGUUUUUAAAAAUGUUAAAAAAAAUACGAAGGAAAAAAUGAAAAAAAAUUCAACCUCGUCAAAAUCUCAAGAUUCAAAAACAGAUAAUAUUCCUAGUAUUAUCAAAGUAGAAGAUUUGAACUCAUUUAAAAAAAAGAGUGAUCCAAAUAAAGAGACAAAGGAUAAGGAAUCAAAAGAAAAAAAAAGUACAAAUAAGGAAGUUGAUUCUAAUAAAAGUACAUCUUCUAACACUUUGAAAUCAACAUAUCAAUUUAGGGAGAAAAAACCUUCUAAUUCAAAAACAAAUGAAAAUAUUGAUUCGAUUGCUGUAAUGAAAAGUCAACUAGAAAAUAUAAAAAAAGUAAAGACAAAUUCUAAUAAAGCUAAAAAAAAUAAAGAUAAUUCAUCUUCUAAAUUAAAAAAUGAUAAGAAAAACAAGAAUAGCAAUGAAAAAUUAAAUAACAUACUUGAUGAUGAUAAUAAUAAGAAGAGCAAAAAAAAAGGUAGUAAAGCAAAGAAUUCAAAAAAUAAUAAAUUAGGUGAUAAAGUUGAUGAAAGUAAUAAAGAAAUAUUUUAUUCAUGUUCAUCAGAUGCCAUUGGAAUGUCUAAAUCUUCCUCUACUUUUCAUCCAUCAUUAAAUUUAAGUGAUAAGGCUUUAGAAAAAUUAAACAAGAUUAAUAAAUCUACAAGUAAUAGUUCUUUUACAAGGUCAAAUCAUAAUAUAAAAGAUAAUAAUAGUACUAAUAGUUUAACUUCACCUUAUAAUAUUAGGAAGAACAUUAAAAAAAGUAAUGAAAAGAUGAAUAACACUAGACUGGAACCAAGUAAAAAACAAGAGAAUACAGAGAAAGGAAAUAAUAAAAAUAAUAAUGUGAUAGAUAAAAAGAAAAUUGUUGAAGAGACAACAUAUACAGUAACAGAACCAGAAAAUAUUGUUGAUUAUAAUGUAUCAAGAGAAGUACAAUAUAAAGAUAAAAAAACUCAGAACAUUAAUCUGAUUAAUAAUGGUACAUAUAUAAAUCAAAGUUUUAUUAACCUUCCCAGUACCUCUGCACAAUCAUCCUUUUUAGAAUCUAAUAUAAUACUACCAAUAAAAAGUAAUAUACCUAAGAUUUCAAAUAACUUUGGACAAUAUAAUGAGAUACAAAGUUUUAUCAGAAAUGGUCAAAAUAGUCCAUGGAUAAAAAAAAAGGUUACACCAUCUAUGUUUGAUUAUGAAAUAGAAAAAGGUACUGUCAACAAACAAAAAGAACGUUUUGAGAUAGUUGAUGAAACAACGAGAACUGAAGAUGAAACAACCAAAAAACUUAUAGUAUGGUUCAAUUACUUGAUAUACCUAUUUUUGAUAAAGAAUCUGUAA